AUGCCGGCACGCAAGUCAGCGCAGCAACCUCGCCUUUUCUUGGACCUGUUCUCAGGUCAGCAUGCACCUUUGACGCACGCGAUGGAGCGCUUAGGCUGUGACUGCUUCCAUCCCUUUGACAUCGCAUUCGCGCCCGGCCCGACUCACACUACCGCCUGCUCCUGCGCGUCGCACGGCUGGUCAGCGCCGCCAUGCAAAGAGUAUUCGCGCCUCAAACUCCGCGGGCCAGGCCCAAAAGCACUUUGCACUCCUGAGUUUAUGCAGGGAGUUCCAGGCCUUUCGGACGAGGAGCUCCUCCGCGUGUCGCAAAGCGCAGAGAUACACGCACGCAGCCGCAGGGUCACCAGAUGCAUCCGCGAGGCAGCAGGCGAAGCAGGCCUGGAGCAGCCUCCCUCCUCAAUGGCGUGGCUGGAGGAGGACAAUGUCACCCUUGCUGCGCGAGCUCUGUGCACACUGUUCGCACGUGGCGGCGUGCGAGCACGGGAUGGACUACUACAAGUCCUGGGCCUUCUGCGCAAGCUUUGCAUCCAUUCGCACUCUGGCAUGCACCUGCCGCCACCCACCAG